ACACAACAAAGCUCUGGCCCCUAUGAAGCCUGCCAGUGCUGAACGCCUCAGAUCUCAAGCAAGAUAUUAUUUUAGUCAUGGAAUUGACCAAAAUGUCAGACAUGACAAAGCUCCACCAAGCUGUGGCUGCAGGCGAUUACAGUUUAGUGAAGAAGAUUUUGAAGAAAGGUCUCUGUGACCCAAACUACAAGGAUGUGGACUGGAAUGACCGAACUCCACUUCACUGGGCUGCAAUCAAAGGGCAUGUGGAGGUGAUGCAGCUCCUUCUCGAAUACGGAGCCAGGCCCUGCCUGGUAACUGAUGUGGGCUGGACCCCAGCUCAUUUCGCAGCUGAGUCAGGCCAUGUGAAUGUGCUCAGAAUUCUCCAUGCGUUGCACGCCGCCAUCGACGCCCCCGACUUCUUUGGAGACACGCCAAGGAGGAUUGCACAGAUCUACGGGCAGACCGCCUGUGUGGCGUUUCUGGAGAAGGCUGAGCCUGAGUGCCGGGACCACCGUUGCACUGCCAGGCAGAAGGGGCUACCUCUGGACGAGAGGGAUGAAGACUGGGAUGCCAAGAAAAGGGCGCUGGAGCUGUCUCUUCCCUCCUCGAAUCAAAACACUAAUAAGAAAAAGAUUAAAAAAAUUCGAGGCCCUGCCAGGCUGAGCAAUCCCAAGGAGAGGAGAGUGUGAGGACAGUGUUGACGGUUCUGGCACUCAUGUUUUCUGUAGAGUAACCUUCCCUGGCACCAGACUAGGAGUGGUUAGAUCUGUGCUGUUUUUACCUGAUUCUAGAGACCACUCUGUAAGACCUUUCUGAAGACCGGCCUUCUACCGAUGUCCCCUGACCUGUCAUUCAAUCCAAAACCUUGCUGGGUGUUCCCUACAGGAGCUGCUGCCUCCUGAUCCUGCUAUCUACACAUAUUGCCAGAAAGAGACAAAGGGACAAGCAUUAGCUGCUUGCAUUUGGCCACCAGUCCUUUGCACUGUCAGCAUCCCUUGACCCCUUAUAUGUGAUUAUAGAAUUACAGGGGGCAAAAAAGGAGCUCUCCCUAAGGAAAUUUGAUUGUCUCAAUAAAAAAAAGUAGCAAUAAAAUGUCAGAAAUAUCCAACCUACUCAGUUGAAUCAGUCUCUGGGAGAAAAAUGUAUUUGUUCUUGUUCUUAUGUAAACCAACCAAAGAGGUUGGCUCCCAGUUUUCAGCUAUUUCUUUUUCCUUUGUAGAGUAGAGUCUCACAAUCUCAGCUUGGUCAUUUUUACCAGUGUUCACUACCUAAGAAAAACAGUCUGGGUUAGCAAUAACUGGAAAGCCUGAAAAGAAUUAAUUUCAUCCCAUAUAAGAAAUGAGAUGUAGCAUAAAGAGUGAACCAUGGGAUUACCCCUCUAUCUGUGCGUUGCUGGGAGCCGCAUUGGCCUCUCUGGAUGACAUAGUCAUGGUGAGGAAAUGGCAGACAUUUGCACAGCUCCUGCCAUGAGAAGCGAAACUGGUAUCUCCUUCUGCUACUACUGCUCAUGUUGAAAAUAAGCCUAUUGUCAUUAAUUAGGGCUCACAGUGUUCCAAAUCAGACUGAUGUUCCCCACACAGUUACCCCAUAAGAAAGAGCAUAUUCUUGCCCCUACAUAAGAGAUUUUAGAUCAAAGCACUGUAGAUGUUUGCCAAAAGGUUCUUCUAAUGAGCCUUCCAGAUCUGAGACAUAAGUUAUAAGGGAGGUUAAGAACACAAGAGUUACAAUUAACUCUGGCCCGGAGAAGAAGAGCCUCACUUAGAGAUAAGAAACAGACAAG